AUGGACAGCAGCUUGCCCGUCUUUGUGUCCCAGAUGCAUUUGCCGUAUUCAAGUCAGCUUCAAAUACCGCCGGAACCGCCAUACUUGGCGCGGGUAUUUUUGCCAAGGAAGCACACCUUCCUGCACCGCAAACGCUUGGCCCUCUCGCACCAAAGCUUAGAGCUGUUUACUCGCGAUCAGAGAAGACUGCGUGAAUUUGCUGCCCAAGCAACACCUGACAUUUCAUCCGUUAUCGUCAUUCUCCCAAUCACUCAACGAACAAACAUCAUCUUGAAAGCACUCGCUGCUGGAAAGAUAGGUGAAGUCACCUUCAGUCCUCAUACCGUCAACUUCAUGAAUAAGGAAUCAAAAUGGUUCAAGACCCCGUGGCGAACUGUUCCGGACUAUCAAGGAGGCUUCCUGCUUGAUGAUACUCUUCAUGUCAUACUCCCAAUUGCUAUGACAUACCUCUCCAGUUCGCAUAGCAUUUACGAGCUCAGUUUCGCUGCACCCAGCCCAUCUCGUUCCGAUGCAGGUCGAGGUCUUGCCGCCAUCACCGGUACAGAUGGCUGGCUCCAGGUUCAGCAGACCAUGGCUUGUGACCUCAUCCACAACGUCGAGAAUGGGUUCAAGUCGGGCACCCGCGAUGCAAAUGGGGUACUUGGACCCAAAAAGGAGGAAGUUAUUGAUGAGCCUAUGAGAGGCGUAGAAUUGGAGCAGGUGAGCUUCUUUGCGGCCAUAGAUGAAAACUGA